ACCGGCAUGGCUUCCACUCGUCAGACUGAGCCACACUCGUGUUAAGGAUUUUAAAGUAAAAUUAACUACCUGCGUAAAGGUCACGACAUGGAUCUAUCCGAGGAACACGAUGACAGUUUUGGAAUAGAAGUUAUUAUAGCAGAGGGUGGGAAACCAGCGCCAUGUUGUCCGCAUGGUCCAACCUUGCUGUUUGAGAAAGUCUGCAAAGGAGGCAAAGAAGGCAGGAGGUUUUAUGCCUGCUCGGCCUGUCGAGACAGAAAGGACUGCAACUUUUUCCAGUGGGAAGAUGAUAAGGUGUCAGAGGUCAGGCUGUUGGCCAGAGAGGCAGAGAACAAGUCAAUGAGGCCUCCUUUCACCCAGCAGGAGUACUGUAACAGGUUUCGAAAGUUCGCCUCCCUCCCUCUUGAUGAGAAGAAGUUCUGUCAUGACUGCCAGAUUCUGCUGCUGCCAGUGGAGCACGCCGCUCACGCUGCUCACAGAUGCGUGGCCAUCAUGGCGGCUCAGCUGAGGAGGCCCAGCGUGCUGCUGCGUCCUCUGGACAACAAGAAGAGCAACGCCCAGUACCUUUUCACCGACCGCAGCGCACGCUUCCUGCUGGACACCCUCGCUGGUCUGGGAUACAGGAAGGUGCUGUGUGUGGGAACACCCAGACUGCAGGAGCUGAUCAAGCUGCGAAACCUGGAGCAGAACAACGAGCCAAUGAAGAAUCUGCUGCUGGACAUUGACUUCAGAUAUGCCCAGUUCUACAGCCGGGAUGAGUUCUGUCAUUACAACAUGUUCAACAAUCACUUCUUUGGUGGAGAGGCCUCCAGUGCAGUCCUGAAGACUUUCCUCUCAGAGUCCGAUGGGCAGAAGGUGGUGAUGGUGGCUGACCCUCCGUUCGGCGGCCUGGUGAAGCCUCUGGCCAACAGCUUCUCUCUGAUAUCACAGACCUGGAAGAAGCUGAAGAGCUCUGACAGCGGGAACGUUGACCUGCCCAUGGUGUGGAUCUUCCCGUACUUCUUUGAGCCUCGCAUCCUGGAGUGUCUCCCUUCAUUGGCCAUGUUGGACUACCAGGUGGACUAUGACAACCAUCCUCUGUAUAAACAUGGGAAGACAGGCAGGAAGCAGUCUCCUGUCAGGCUCUUCACUAAUAUUACACCCAGAGAUGUUGUCCUGCCAAAAGACGAGGGAUACAGAUUCUGCUCUGUAUGUGAGAGAUACGUUUGGUCCCUGAACAAACACUGCGCUAAAUGCAACCUCUGCCCAUCCAAGGACGGUCGUGAAUGGAAGCACUGCUCAACAUGCGAGAAAUGCGUGAAACCAUCGUGGAAGCACUGCCAGUCCUGCGGUCGCUGUGCCCUCCCGGACCACCCAUGUGGCCGCGGGGAAGGAAAAGAAGGCUGUUUUAACUGCGGCAGCCUGAAGCACAAACGCAAAUCCUGCCCUCUCAGAGACACGCACAGGAUCAACAGUUAUCGGCCCAAAGCCAAGAGAGGAGGCAAAAAUGUUCCCCGUCCUCCGUCCUUUAAGCCUAAAGCUAAGAGGAAGUCUGGAGCAGCUCGCAGAGCAAAGAAGUUGGCUGCUCAGUCGACGUAAUUUCAGCAGUCACGCAAUGUCUCGUCAGCUGUGCAGCCCCAAGCAAGCGGUACAUCUAUUUAGAGCCAAAUGGUUGAUGUUAACAGUGUCGGAUGUAGAAUAAAAAUCAUUAAUAAAGUGAGAA